UACACAGAGUCUUUUUAAUGUUCCAGAAAUGUGUUUCUGUUUUACACAUUGACAGAAGUUUCCGUUUGAAAACACGCUCCCUCACAUAUCCUAACUUCCUCCUUCAGUAAAAAUAAAAGUGUCAGUGUUUCAGUAAAGUGUUCACAAGCUGCAGGGAUGAAGCUCCUCUUCUGUCUCCUCGCUGGAUGUUCCUCUUACUGCUGCGCUGAUGUUAAAGAAGUGUUUGCAUCGCAGAGAGAAACGGUCACUCUGCCGUGUCCUGUGAAGAGCGGAGAUGUCACAUGGAAACACCUCACAGGCAGUCACGAGGGAAAGACUCUCGUCACCAUCCAAAACGGGGAAGAGAAAAUAACCAACAAAAACAAAUACGGAUCGCUGGCAGAUAACUCACUGGUUAUAAAAAAAGUAGAAGCGUCAGAUUACAGGAUGUAUUUCUGUAACAAACAUCAAGUUUACCUCCAGGAGACAGCUGAUCCAAACACGCUGCCUGAUGCUGGAAAUGAGCCAAAGAACCAAGGACUGGAUUUUCACCUUGAGCCAGGACAGAAGGGGGUCCCUGCUGGAGACGAAGCAGCAUCAGGAGAUGAAUCUUCUGACUUGUGGAAAGUACCCGUUGGCGUCCUCAUCGGCGCUGCGUUGGUGCUUUUCGCCGUCUUCACGCUGAGAUUCUGCUCAAGGCGGAAAACAGAGACGCACUCCAACGUGGACAAAACGAUGGAGGUGAUCUACGAGGAGAUCGAAGGUGUCGGGGAGCAGUCGGUGAGAGAGUCGGACGUGGAGAGUCCUUAUUACUCGUCCUGCAUCAGGGAGACACCGAACACGACCACGACGUGGACAAACGACCAUCUGUACAGCUCGGUGAACAAGCUGAGAUCUAACGGAGACGGCAGGCACGAGUGUGUGUACAACCUCGCACAGGAUCCAGGAAGUGUGUGUGAGAAGUGAGCGUUCAGUUUCACACGUGCCUAAAAGUCCUGAAAAUGUCCUGAAGUUCAUGUUGGGACUCUGUUGCUGCUGUGUCCCCCGCCGCCGCGUCCUUCUUUUCACGCCAUGUCCGCCAAGGAUUUCAUGAACAUAAGAAAUGUUCACAAACUGCUGUUUGAAUGUUUUUGGUUCAGCAUGACAAAAUAUGAAAACUGGAAACAAAUAAUCAGAAUCAGAAUCAGAAUCAGGCGUUCACAUUACUCUGAUGUUUUGAUGUAAAAGCACAUAUUCAGGAAAAGGGUUGUUUCUUGUACAAGUUGAAAGUCAGAGAGGUCCUCCUUCAAGAUGAAAACACAAAGAGACCCCUGCUGCUGUGAGGAGCACGUUUGGGUUGCAGACCGGUUGCUAUGACAGAGCUGGAUUCCAUUUGUUCAUGUUGCUGAGGCCCUGCCCCAAAGUGAAGUGUGCAUUUGUUGAAAGUGGACUCAAAGGAAGAACCAGAAAUAAAUCAUGAAUCCAGUCUGUCCUGUGUAAAUGUGUCUCUGAGUCCUGACUGUCUACAAUGAGGGAGAAGCUCGAGUCCCGCUGGCUGUGUUGUUGUCAGAGCCGUGUUUACAUGGACGGGACGGCCGGCUCCUCCCCUUGUGUAUAAAAGCUGUUUUAGUCAAGAACUAGAGAGAAGAAGAAGAACAUACUCACUGAUUAUUAAAUGAGAAGUUCAAAUAUUCCAACGUGGCCCCUCCUCCUCUAGAAGCUCCGCCCCCUGCAGGACGUAGUGUGUACAUUUACUGCUUGUAGCUACACUGCAAGCUAACGCACACUAGCACAAGUUAACCGCCGGUGUUUGUCACCUUCCUGUGGACUGUAUUUUAUUUUGAAGGAACCAGCUAGCUUCACUUUAGGAGAAGUCUGGUUUUAGAGUUUAAAUUGAUGGAACGUGCAGCCUCAGCCCUGCAGGGUAGCCUAGAUGGACCAUCGAUGGAUACUAAUCAAAGAAUAUAAAAAAAGAGAACUGUGAUUUAAGUUAGCUCAAAGAUGAAAUGAACAAGUGUUUAAACCUUAAGUAGAAGCCAGAAGGAGCAGUGAUGAUGAUUUCCUGAGCUGUCUGUCAGAACUUUAAUCUGUAAUCUCUGGCAAAAAGUCUUUGUGUUUGUAAUGUAGUGUGUGACGCUGUGUUUGAGCUGUAGGCCUGCUUGUAUUUAGUGCAUCAUGUAACGAAGGAUUACACUCAACUACUACAAUAAAAAGGGAAUGUGGUCAUCUCUGCAUC